AUGGUUUCAUCAAAAAUAUUUUUACUUACAAUAAUUUUUAUCUUAUUCUUAUCUGUUGAUAUGUUUUCUGUUCGAGGAAAACGCCAAUGUUCAUGUCAACAACCACCAAAACCACAAUGUUCAUGUUCUAAAGCUGUACAAAUUUCAUAUUCAUCUCCUGUUCAAGUUUCAUGUGGAUGUCAACAACCACAACAAGAUUGUCAAUGUAAUACACAAAAAUAUGAAGUACAAACUAUUUCACAAUGUAUGAAUACAUGCCAAAAUACUUGUCAAAAUACAUGUCAAUCCAGUCCUUCUGUUAGUAAUACUAAUGCUUGUGCAUCUGCUUGUUCUAAUAGUUGCCAAACAAUUUGUAUUAAAUAUUCACCAGUUACAACAACUCAAGCACCUAAAGUAUAUAUGAUAUCAAUUCAACAAUGUGAAGCAGAAUGUCAAAAUUCAUGUAGUGGAAGUACACAAUGUCAACAACAAUGUCCAAAAAUUUGUUCCUGUAAAAAUGAAUGUCAAAAUACUUGCCUUUCUAGUGGGCAAAAUUUAAAUACUUGUUCUCAAUCAUGUCAAAAUAAAUGUAUACAAGUUCAACAAAUUCAAACUUCAUCAUGCCAAUCAAAUUGUCAAAAUCAAUGUUCAUCUUCAGGUGGAAAUAAUUGUCAAAAUCAAUGUAAUAUUCAAUGUUCAUGUCAAAAUGCUUGCCAAAAUAGUUGUACAAGUCAAGCAGGUAAUAAUUGUCAAUCUGCAUGUCAAAGAACAUGUGAUAAUGUUACUAAAUAUGUUGUUUCACUUCAACAACCAUCUAACAAUAAUUGUAAUAAUAAUUGUCAAAAUCAGUGUUUACAACAAAGUAAUCCAACUGGAUGUAUUAACGUAUGCCAAGUUCAAUGUUCUCAAACAACAACUCAAGCACCAAUUGUUUAUCAAUGUGUACCAAUAUGCCAAGAUUUAUGUAUGAGUUCAUGUACUCAAUCACAAUCACAAUGUCAAUCUCAAUGUUCAAAUACUUGUCAAAAACAAUGUAAUACUACAACAUAUAAUAUUAUUACACCAUGCCAAUCAUCUAAUAGUAGAUCAACUUGUACCUGUCAACAAAAUUAUACUCCAUGUAAUAAUAACAGUCAAUGUUGCAGACGUUGA